AUGAGCGAUCUCGAUUCUGAACGGUAUACCAAAAGGUCGCAUCACGACAACGAGUUUUUGGAGCAAUACGAUGGUGACAUGGAUAUCGUCUUGAUCUUUCCUGGCCUAUUUUCCGGAGUGAAUACGGUGUUCAUCGCCACUAUGGGGCCUAGUGACGCUACUACCACAGAUGCUUUAUUGACGCAAAUCAUCACGUUGAUGGUAAUGAACAGCCAUGGAAACCCUGUCAUAGAUACUUAUCCGCUUCCCGUACCACCUGCAUAUUCCAGCGGGCAAAUAUGGUUCCAGACACCAGCUUAUGCCAGCCUUUCAUUCAGCCUUCUUGCAGCAUUCGGCGCCAUUUUGGGCAAACAGUGGCUCCGCAUCUACAAGCUUAAACGGUUCGGCUGUGGAUCCCUCGAGGAGCAGGGCAAAAACAGACAACACAAAUUUGACAGCCUCAAAGCGUGGCAUUUGGAUGCUGUGCUGCAAACCUUUUGGAAAUUUCUAUUCGGCAUCUCUCUCUCGCAUGGUCAUGACUAAUCCUGGCACAUGAUGGCGUUGGUGGUGAAAAGAAGCUCAUCGAGGACAUUAUGAAAGUCGGCGGUGGUGCCAUGUUCAUCGAUAAGGCCUAUCAGCUGGUUAGCGCACAGGGCGGGUCUGGUACCGAUGAUCUGGAGUUCCUGUUAGCAGAGAUGGAGAACCGCGUUGGAAGCCUUAUUUUCAUCCUUGCCGGCUACAGCGGUCAGAACGAGAAAUUCUAUGUAAACUCUUCCUCAGGAAGGGUGGCUACAAACGAGU